AUGUUUUCGCGGGUAGCUUUUGCACGGACCACGCGUGCGCUUAGGCUUAUUUCUCCGCAGUUAGCCAAUCAAAGUGCAGCUUUACGGACGUGCGAGGGUUUUCUCUCGUGUUCGAAAAUGGAGGAUGCCGGCGGUGAAGAGAAGCUGAGCAAGAAGUGAGUAUUUUGUUGAAAAUUUUGUCACGAUAUUUAGUGUUUACCCCCUAUUUCGUCAAUUCAUUCAACGAUGUUGUGUUUUCGGUUAUCAGUGAGCUUAAAAGGAGGCUCAAGGCUCAGCAGAAAGCCAAAGAAAAAGAGGCAAAGGAAGCCCUGAAGGUAAUUUUUGUCCACCGUUUCGUGACCGUGAAACACGUGGUUAAUGUUGGUUUCAACUUUGCACUUACGAAAGCGUUGCUUUUCUCAGGCGCAAAGCAGUGCAGUGGCCCAAAACAAGAAGAAAGAUGAAGUAGACGAGGAAACAUUGGAUCCCAAUGUAAGCUUAAGUAACAAGCCCUUUCACGUUUUUUUAGUUCACUCCAUAAGCCGAAUACAUGUGCAUUGCUCUUUUGUGCCUGAAUAAUUAAAAUUUGCAAAUAUUAUUGUACCUCACAAUUCUCUACGCUAAUUCUUUUAGUGAGUUUUAAGCUUUGCAUGGUAAAGUUGAAAUAUACGUACUCGCCUUGUUGCUAAAAAUGAAAAAUUCUUCCGCCCAUUGGUAAGCAUUGCAUCACCCAAAAAUUUCCCGGAAAAUGACCCGUGGUGAUCUUGUCUCCCUUGUAGGAUCCGUUGCCCCGUUUUUUAUGUGCUUAUCCUCUCCAACUCGUUUUGCUACUCACUUAAUUUUGCGAUGGCUUUCUGUUUUAAAAAAUGAUCUUAUAACAAUUAAACCCCAUUUACUAUCAUGUUUUAACAGUUUGCUCUGUCUUUAGAGAUUUGGAGUCACUUUUUUUUUGUUUACUAUUCAUUACUUCUACUCCAAAAUUUCCCGGAAAAUGACCCGUGGUGAUCUUGUCUCCCUUUAGCUUGCUUUGUCUUUUUAUGUGUUUUCUUGGGGGAGGGGGAGGGGAUUUUGGGGGUGGAUGGAGAAUUUUAGGAUGCAGUCUGGUAUGUGCAUACAUUCUCUAUAUGAAUUCCUGUCGGCAAAUCCUAAAAUCAUAGUCUCACACCUAUCCAUUCACUGGUGAGACUCAUGGAAAUGAUUGGAGAGCAAUGAUAUCAAAAGCCCAGGGUGAUUAGUGAAAUAAAAAUUGAUAUCCCCUCCCAUUACGUGUAACUAUUGCAUCAUAGUCUGAUGCCCCAUCUAUUCACUGGCAAGACUCAGGGAAAUUAAUAGAGAGCGAUAACAUCUAAAACUCAGGGUGACCAGUUUAUCAAAAUGUUCUCUAUUUGAUAACCCCGUCAACAAACCCUUAAAUCAAAGUCUUGCAUACAUCCAUUCACUGGCAAGACUCGGGGAAAAUGGAGAUUAGUAAUUUAGAGAUUUGGAGUCACUUUUUUUUGUUUACUAUUCAUUACUUCUACUCCAAAACUAUUAGUUCCACACUAGUUUUUUUGAUCUGUUUUUACUUGCAUAUUUUCUGUUUUGGGAAAUCCUCAAUUUGAAUCUGGCGUUUGCGAUAAACUUUUCUCUAAUAUCAAAAGCACAGGGUGAUUUGUAAAAUAAAAGUAAAUGAUCCUUGACAUAACAGUUAUAUUCAUUAUGCCUUGUUGUUUUCUCAGCAAUACUACAAAAUCCGAAGUCAAGCUGUUGAAGCUUUGAAGGCCACUGAUGAAUCGCCUUAUCCUCAUAAGUUCCAUGUGUCUAUCUCUCUUGCGGAAUUCAUUGAAAAAUACAAAGAUGUUGAGGAUGGUACAUGGCAUGAUGAUCUUGUAUCUGUUAGUGGUGAGUUUAAAAUUUGUUUGUUUGGUUGGUUUGUUAUCAUUAUAUUUUAAUCAUAAGUAAAGGAAAGUAUAAUAAUUAUUCAACCUGCAACUGUCAUUAAGUUCUGUAGGCUGGGGAUUUUCUGGAGUUAUGAUAAACAUGUCUACUGACUGGUCUCAGAGGAAAAAAGAAAAAGAAACCAAAAGAACUACCUAGCUGUUCAAUUUUCCACCUACUAACUGCACAUACCAGGAAACUUGAAAUCUUAGUGAUAUUCUCACUUGUGAGGUUGUGCUGUAGGUAGCCCAAUUUUUGGUACUGUCUGUCAAAUCCAGGGUGCCCUGAGUAUUUGAUUUUUACCAAAAAAAUCUGGUGUCUUCCUGGUAAGGUGCUGCCAGAGCUCAGCCUUGUUCCUGACAUGGCAGGGAUCAAUCAUAAUUGUUUUUAGGUUAUACAAUAGUGUUAUUAUUGGACUAAAUUUUUUCUAAUUUAUGCAAACCCUAGGAAUGUGAGAAAGUACAAGUGGUGUUUACAUAGUCAAUUAUAGCCCUGAUAAUCAAUAAAACUUAGCUAGCAAUAUUAUGGGGUUAGUGCAGUAGGUCAUUUUAGGCUUUUCUUAUAUGGCUAAAUCUUUGAGCAGGCAAGUUGACAUGAUUAAUCCUCUGAUCUGAUUAGCUACCCACGUGCGUCUUGCCUGAUCAGGAUUUCCUGAAUUGGUCCCGCAAGAAAAAAAAUCUCAUUUCCUCUACCAGAGUCUCUCUAUGAGCUGUAAUAAAAUAAUUUUAUUUCACUGAAUCUCUCUUAUACAGGUAGAGUCCAUGCAAAGCGUUUGUCAGGGGCCAAACUUAUAUUUUAUGAUUUACGAGGAGAAGGUGUGAAAAUUCAGGUUAUGGCAGAUGCCAGGGCUUCAGAGCAGGAUUUCUUGGCUGUACAUAAUAAAAUACGACGUGGGGAUAUCAUUGGAAUAAAGGGAAAGCCAGGUAAAUGAAAAAUCAUAUUAGUUAAUAAUCUUUUUAUUUUUUCCAUUUCAACACAAUUGUGAAGAAGUAUAACACUCCUGAGCCAGGUUGUUCAAAGCAGGGUUAAGAUAACCCAGGGUUAGUGCAAUGUUUCAAUUCAGAUAUGAAAGCUGAAAAAGCAAAUUCAGUUUUAUUUGAUGAUUUGAUGCUCUAAAAAGAAUUGAGAAAAUUAUCUGGAAAAUGCUUUUGAACAAAAGAAAAAGAAACCCAGGUUAAAAUUUAACCACUGGUCAGUGCUAAUUGGCCUUCAAACACAACUGGGCCCUGAAGAGUAAUGAAUAUAAAUAGUUAUAACAUGUCAUCACUUUUGACACCAAGCUUAAAAACUGCCAUCUGUCAUUAUUUUAUAACCACUAACAAUGUCUUCAUCACUGCUGACAGACACCCUAGCAGUAUGCCAGAUGUAUCACUUUCAAACCUAGUAAAGUGGCAACUUCAACUCCUUGGGUUAAAAAAAGUCGUCUUUAAAAGUCAUUGACUUCUAAACGUAUCCCACAAAUUAAAGUCUUGUAACUUUUUUAUUAUUUUUCUUUUUUUGCAGGCAAAACAAAGAAAGGUGAACUGAGUAUUCUGCCAUCUACUGUUUCACUGCUGUCACCUUGUCUACACAUGCUUCCACAUCUCCACUUUGGACUUAAAGACAAGGUAUUUAAAAAUUUGAAUUUUUAUUUAUUAUACUGUCUUCAUGUGCCACCAUUCUAAGAAAAAUAUGAAUUGACCCAUGUAGAGAAUGAUUAGGAUUAGAUUAGGCCACUUUCAGUUUUCAGCUGUAUCAAUCCCUUUUGUCAGAUAUUAACACCUCAAGCCUGUGUUAGAAGACCACAAGGUCAUGUGGGUUACUGUAGCUGUCAAUUCUUUGCAAUUGUUCAAUGCCGUGCAAACAGUUACGUGUAGUAAUUACCUGACAGAAGAAUUAUUACUUUAUGGCUUAGUGUAGUAAAUGUUUGUGAAACCACCCAUAUUGCUUUGUGGUCUUGCUGUGUCGCCCUUCUGACAUCAUAAACUUAUAAAAGGUGUAUAAUUUUGUUCAAAAUUCAGGUUUGGUUACAAGUGCCUUUAUUAUAUUCCUCUUAGUCUAAGAUUAAGGGGAAUAGAAUAAAGGAAAUGAUUAACAUUACCUUACACUAAAGUGUUGAUGUAUUUUCUUUUCAGUGCCUUAAAUAUUUAUUAUAGUUUUUAACUUUUAUCAAAACAGGGCUAUUUGAAACAAAAGCUAUUGAUGUUCAACCUUUCUUCAACUCGCUCACAUUGAGGGAGUUCUUAUUCUCAUUAUGAUCCAGACCUUCUUUCAGUGUGUUUCACUUGGUUUUUACAAUACUAAUUUACUUUCAAAUCCCUCUCUCGCACUCAAACAGGCUUUAGAAAAUCUAUGAAAAGGAGAUACAGUACUGCAUGUUCCCUCAAGACUGUCACUGGAGGAUUUAUUGAGUGACGGUCUCUGCAUGAAUUUACAGUUGUGUGGAGCAAUAAGCAAGAUCAUUGCAUGCAUUUAGAUUCUUUCUUUACCCAGCUCUUGAAUAAUAGUACUGUUUCUUUAUGGUUAGCUGUAUCACAUGUUCAUAUUUUUUUUUCAGGAAACAAGGUUUAGACAGCGUUACCUGGAUCUCAUUCUUAAUGACAAAGUGCGGGAAAAAUUUGUUGUCAGAGCAAAGAUCAUCAACUACAUCAGAAAGUUUCUUGACAGUUUAGGGUUCUUAGAAGUAAGUUACAAAACCUACUGGAAGUUAUGUCAUCUUACCCUUUUGGGCUUUUGUUCCCCCCCCCCCCCCUUGGAAUUUCCAAUCCCCUGUGUGGGGAGGGCAUGGAUCAAAUGUUUUGGAACCACAUGUGCAGUCCAAUUACAGUGUACAAGAAAAACCGGGCAAAUUGUGCAUUUGCUUUAGAACUUUUCUGGUGUUGUUCUGUUUUAAAAUGAAUGGUGCAGUGUCAUGAACUAACUAAAACGCAGGUAACCUAAAGUUGAGUGAUCUAAUGUGUUUUUUUCAUGUUGUUAAAACAGGUAGAAACACCUCUAAUGAACAUGAUUCCUGGUGGUGCUGCUGCCAAACCUUUCAUCACUCAUCAUAAUGAGCUGAAUAUGGAUCUUUACAUGAGAGUAGCACCAGAACUUUACCACAAGGUAUUAAACAAGAUUAACUGGAUUAACUGUGUAACUAGUAAUCUUGCCAAGUCUGGUACUCAAAGCACGUUAUUAACAACCAUCUACAGCUGUUCCAGUAGCAAAUGUUACUUCCUUUUCUUCUUCUUUGCUUCUUUUUGUUUUUCUGCUGAUCAAACCAAGUUUUUUUUUUUUUUAAAUUGACUCAUGUUAACAACAACAACAUUCUUCAUUGUAAUCAGUCUUGUUUAAUGAUAAAUUGCAACAAUGAAAAUAAUAUAAUAUGAAAGUAAAAUUAGAGUAUUGAAUGUUAUAGUGAAUACUGGCCUCUCUUCAGGAAUAGAUUAAAAUUAAUUGUUGUCAUAAUCUUUACUUCUCAAAAACAAAUUGAUAGUAUAAUAAUUAUGUACAUGUAGGUCACCUGUGUGUGUAAUAUUAUUAUUGUUCAAGUUUUGAUAGAGGUCAGGCUGCUGAAUGUUGUCCAUAGAACAAACUGGUAGUUUGUUUUUUUUUUACUUAUUGUUGACUUACUAAGUUGUUAAAACACUUUUGUGUUUUGUAUGUAGAUGCUUGUAGUUGGAGGCAUUGACAGAGUGUAUGAAAUUGGAAGGCAGUUUAGAAAUGAAGGUAAACAAUAUAAUGUCAUUAUUUUUGCACAAUAUGAAUUCACCUUAUUGUAGUCCAUAAUGACUUUAAAACAAUUAUUACUGAACCAUACAAGAUACACCUGGCAAAACCACAGCCACUAAUUCUUACAUGUACAGUAAGACUGCGUUUCACCAGCAAGAGAGUCAAAAAGGCUUUGGCUUGAUGGAAUUAGAGUUGAAAGAAUCAGAACAGGUCCACUUUUUUCCAACAUUGCUUAUGACUCUGUGGCUUAGGUUUAAGCUAAAACCAGAUUCUUGGAGAUGCACGCAAAAUUUAAAGAAUAAACCGAUCACCAUUCUUGUCACCACGCAUUUUGGUUGGUGUAGUUAGUUCUUUUACUGCUGUCCAACAAUCUGGACUUGUAAGCAGAGUCAGACUGCUGUUUUCUCCUCAAGAUCAUAACACUGUGUGCUUCUGAUUAAGACUCUGAUUCCAUCGCUACUGCAUUUGUAGGAUCACAUUAUGGAACGCUAGUUCACAUGUUUGUUUUUACCCAAAUGGUAAAAUAACUCCUGAGGCUACAGCUUACAAACGAAGCCUAUGGCAGGAGCCACCUUUUUUCUGGCUACAUCCUCCCACUCCCUUGCAGUAGUCCAUUGUAGCACUUGGCAAGCUUUUACCUCACAUUGUUUUACAGGCAUUGACAUGACUCAUAAUCCAGAAUUUACCACUUGUGAGUUUUACAUGGCCUAUGCGGAUUAUAAUGACCUUAUGGAGUUAACAGAAGUUAUGUUAUCAGGUUUGUAACCAGUUGAUGCUGCAGUGAAAUAAGGCCCUAAGUGACUCCUGAUGUAAUAAGAAAGUCUUCCUUUGAUUUGCAAAGAUAGACAUGGCAAAAUGGAAGGAGAAUCUAGAAGUUUAUCAGAAGUCACCUGGGGCUUUAAUUUCAUGCUCCCUCUAACCCUUUGAGAAUUAAAGGGAUUAUUGAAUUGCCUUUAGAUUUCAUGGCAGAAUCAUGAUUUUAACCUUUUCUCCCAUCAAGCACUUGAAUAUUAUUUUAUUAUCUUUUUCCCUGGAGGCUCUUCCAAUAGAUUUAAAAUAAAUUUUUCUUUCAUUUUAUUCGGUUCAACAGUAGUUUGUGUUGAACGUUAUUUUUACUACACAGUCUCCACUCUUCUCAAGGGUAGAUCUCACUUGGGACAGGCUCCUUGGGUGCUCCUUCUCUAUGCUUCCCCUUUCUCACCCAAAAUACCUUUCCUUCACCUCAAAAACCAUUGAAAAUACAGGAAAACAGAUCAAAUGUGUCACAGAGUAGUGAAUGCUUUGUGCUAGUACAAAAGGUACUUGUAUUCACUCAGCUGUGGCUCAGCUCACAUACAAAAUUUCUAAUUUGCUCCUAGCUUGCUUCAAGCAUUCUGUGCACCUUUUUCUUAUCUACAUGUAUUACCUUUUUUAAGGCAUGGUCAAGGCUCUGACAGGUGGUUAUGUGGUUACAUAUCAUCCCAAUGCAACUGAUCCAGAGAACUUGGGUGAACCUCUCACAGUUGAUUUCACCCCGCCCUUUAGAAGAGUGCGUAUGGUCCCUGACCUUGAAAAGGCCAUGAAUGUCAAGUUACCUCCCCCGUCAGAAUUUGGAACUCCAGGUACUGAUUUGUAAUUUAAUAGCAAAAUGUUUUACUGUUGACAAAUCAAGCUUUUCAGGAUUUGUUAUGUUAAUGAGAAAACUCGAUUGUUUUUUUUUUAUUCCAGAGGCCAGACAAAUUUUUGAUGACUUGUGUGUCAAGCAUAAUGUCGAUUGCAGUGCUCCUAGAACAACUACAAGACUGUUAGAUAAAGUAUGUAUGUCCUUUUCUUGAGCAGAUCUGGACCAGCAGGCAGCUUUUCGGGAAUUAAUAUUACAGUGAUGAGUUAUUUUUUCUGGACAUGCACAACCCAGUUGCCCCUAACUCCCAGAUGCCCUUGAUGGAUGCACGUUUUGUGCUUACAUUUUAGGAAAAAGCCCCUCUUUCUUUCAACUUUAUCCCUCCGGAGUUAUUCUCAACACAAAGAGAAAAUUAUGUACAGUUGAACCUCGAUAUAGUGAAGGGCCAAUGGACUGACAAAAUCUGUUUGCUAUAUCAAGGUUUUGUUAUAUCGAGCUUCAUUAUAAUUAUUGAGGUUCCACUAUCUCAGUAUUACUGCUUGGUUAUGUAAUACAUCCACUAAGCUCUGUUUAUUCACAUUAUAUUGUUGCGGUAGAUUCAUUGUUUUUUGAAAAAAUAGUUUUUUGUGACUUGUUGUUUCUGCAAAGAAAGUUAGUCUCUCCCUCUCUCCGAAUAAACAUGAAAAAUACUUUGUUUUAUUUCAAACAUGUAGCAGCUAUGAGAAAGCCAAUACAUCAUGUCAUUGGAAAAAUAACCUCACUGGGCAUGUGGCAUAGCCUUUAGGGCAAUAACUGUCGACUGAAUCACGUGAGGUGAAAUCAAGACCCAAGUUAAUCACAGCUCUUCCUGUAUAAUGGAUUAAGGCUGUUUCAUGCCUUGGGAACAUAACAUAAUGUGUGUUAAGUACUAGACUGCUCAAAAUAUAGUCCUCAUAAAUUUGCCUGACUUGUGUUGAUAUUUGAUCAGCUUGUAGGUGAAUUUCUUGAAGAGACUUUUGUCAGUCCAACAUUCCUCAUUGAUCAUCCUCAAAUUAUGAGUCCAUUGUCAAAGUGGUGAGUACUGUGUUCCAGUAUUUUUCAUCCAGUUCUGCUAAAAUAAUUAUUACACCUAUCACAGUAAUACCCAUGUUUUUCUGAACCCUGAAUACAGUCCCUUAUGAAAACAGAGGUUGAUGUUAUUUGUGUAAUAGCUGUGCAUUCAUUCAUUUUUUUGUCCUUCCUUAUCAUCCCAAUGCACACAUACACAGUGACGCACACAAAAGGUUAACACAAAUGUCAGUGAUUUUGUUACCUCUGUGUCCUGCGUCCCUGACGCAUAAAAAUCCCCAAAGACGCAAAAUAAUUCAAUAGAUGCAUCCUGUAGGACGCAAAGAUCGAUCCAUCUGAAGAUGUUUUUGAAGAAAAAUCCUGUUUGUUCGAUUUCUGCGGCUGUUGAUGUGGUUGUUGUUUAACUCAUUGUUUUUUCAACUGGAACUCAAUGGUUCUGGACUGGGACUCGUGAUUUUUCACAACAUGAGUCCCAUGUCUCACCAUAACUUUUUCUAACAAAAACACUACUUUGUCUGCUUAAAUUUUAAAUGUCAAUGGAUGUUACUUGAGGGAAUUAUCACUUGCAGUUUUUGUUACUAAUAAUACUCAUUGUAACUUAUCACUGUUCUUGUUGUGUCUAAAACAUAAAUGGUCUGCAUGAAACUCCCUUCAGGAACAAUACCAGAAACCCCUUAUGAGUUUCUGACAAUACUAAAUAUCUUGUCAUCAUCACCAGGCAAAUUGACUGUAAUGUAGUUAGGGGUCGACCAUUUGACGUUUGAUGGGUGGGGGGUGGUUUGGGUAAGAUUUUUUAUUUCCCAAACCUCUGGAGAUGUAUUGUUUUUCCCCUGUCAUGCCCUGUAUAGCAAUGUAAGAUUUUUUUACAGGAUUAUAUCCCACAAGAGAUAUUUUUUUCAGCCCAGGUAUUUCCUUGCUAUAUUUUUUCUUCCCUCAAAAUCAGUCUGUAGGAUAUUUUUUUCUGAAAUCACCCAUACCUCAAAUCACUACUCAACAGUCAAAUGGUCGGCCCCUUACCGCUUAAGACUUUCCAUACAUUGCCCUUAGCUUAACUGCUUCUAACAAACACAGAGUCAUUAUUUUUAGCUGGUGUGAACAUUAUUAGAAAAAUAAAUAGUUUUUCUUUAUGGCCAUACAGGUAAAUGUAAAAACUCUUUUUUUUUUCAGGCACCGUUCAGUUCCGGGUCUCUCAGAGAGAUUUGAGUUGUUCAUCUGUCGUAAAGAGGUGUGCAAUGCAUACACUGAGUUAAAUGACCCUGUCAUACAACGAGAAAUGUUCCGACUUCAGACAAAGGUGAGUGCAUGGCCCCCUCACGCGCUCCGUCCUUCCUUGCACCCAUAUUACUUUCAAGUGCCUGGUAUGCAGCAUUGUAAAAUGGCUCAUUGUUCCUAGUUCAAAUUAAUAAAAAUCGGUCUGAAGCCCUUUACUGUCACACUCAGAAAACUGUGAACACCUGAACUAUUUCAAAAAGGUUGAUUUUGUAGCACUGUAGGUUUGGCAAAGUGUCCUUUUUAAUAAUGUUGAGGUUUCAAACUGGUAAUAUCUAAAAGGUUUUAACUGUACGUCUCUUGCAGGGCUGAAAAUAACGGCCGGUCAACGGACAUUGUCCGGCCUGAUCGCGGACUUGACCGGUCAAACUCCGGUCUUGCCGGUCAUUUUGGAUGGUCAUUUUUGGAUACAAACAUUUUAUUUUCCAUACAGUUGUUGCUUAAUGCUCGAUAACACUGCAAUGAUUUCUCCGUCUUUGGCGUUUUUUGCUGCUUUGCUCUAAACCCUUCCAAGAAAAACAUCGCCGCAAUACAUUAAUUUCAUGUCGUCAUGUCGUAAUGAAACACAACAAAGUGAAUAACAAACUGAGUUGAAAAGUAAUGCAACGUUGCAAGUCGUACUGUAGUUUCUGCUUUGCUGUAAUCAGCAAUGUGACCUUCUUUGGGAAUUCGAAGGAAUUCGGGCAAAUCGAUCGCCAUUCUCAACAGGUCGUCCUGUGUUUCUCCGGGAAUAAAUGUUAGCGCAUCGAUUAAUAAUAAUUUCUUUUAUGCCGAACGUGAAUCUCGUUUGCAGACUCGAUUCCAGAAUGGUCUGAUAAAAAUUUAAGCUAAUCAAGAGGGAAGGUCGUCGUCUAUCUCAGCGCUAGAUUCUGGUUCUUGUAAACAACUUUAUGCAAAUUUCUGUUGACAUUUGAGCCCUUCGCGGUAAAAUGUUGCGCGAUGACCCAAAUUUAAACACGCCGUUUGUGGAACAAACUUCUCGCCAAUGCAAAUCAACUUCUUUGCCGAAAAUAUUAGCGACGAUUCUUCUUUGAGGAGGUGACGGGGAGGUGACUUUCGAUCACGUGCCAGGCAAGGAAAAAAAUCAAGUUUCACCGAUGUUCAUUUCGGAACAUCAACGUUAAAACAAGCGUGUGCAGACUUUGUUUUUUGUUUUUGUUUUCGUAAUUCCUAAAGUUUGCUGAACUGUAUGUGUAUUCCGUUUCCCGAACCUUGAGAGUUUGAAAAGGAUUUCCGCUUCACUUUUUACCUCUAGAGACUUCAGACACCGCCGUGCAAUGAUACUCAAGGUAGAACGUAACAUUAAAACGCGCGAAAACCGCAGAAAGGAACUCUACAACGUGCGAAUGCAUUUUUCACCAACUUGCUGUCAAAAGUGUGAACGUCAAUGUAGUAAUAACGAUCUAUUGCCAGCAUAAUUGGAUAUUCCUUAGGCAAAAAAAAAAUUAUUAGUAUUCAUUAUUUGUCCGACCAGAAUCGGGGUUUGUCCGGGCUAAAAAAUAUUUGGCCGGUCAUCAUGACCGGCAAUCUGCUGUCCGUUAUUUUCAGCCCUGUCUUGGUGUUGGUUUUCAUGGUAAAUAUAGAAUAAAUAAUCAUUAAUUCACUAGCUUGCUUGUUGUGCGUGCAGUUAAUGUAACCUCGCUGGGCAUGUGACAUAGCCUUCAGGGCCAUAACUGCCAACUAAAUCACGCGGGGUAAAAUCCAGACCCAAGUUAAUCACAGCUCUUCCUGUACAGUGGAUUAAAGCUGUUUCAUGCCUUGGGGACAUUAGUUUUUCUUUGUGACUGUUAAGUUAGGACCUCAAGUAUAACAAAUAUUAGUAAAAUCCAGACGGACACUGGUGGGUUGGGCUCUACGUGGCCAUCUUGAACAAAAUUGAUGGCUGUCUUAUUUUUACUAAGUCAACUAAAAAGGAUUCAAAGAAAGGCAGGGACCAACUUGAGAUGUACGUUAUAAAUAGCAGGGUGGCCGUCUUAUAGAGAGUCAGACUAAAAGGAUUAAAGAAAGGCAGGGACCGGUCCCUCAGCAGAUACACAGAUACAUGUACCUUAGUACGAGUUGCACACAGGAGCAACAAAUGGCAGUGUGUCUUAUUGUUUCUUGUUCUUGUCUUUGGUUUUUUGCAGGACAAAGCCGCCGGUGAUGAUGAAGCCAUGUUUGUUGAUGAAAACUUCUGUACAGCUCUUGAAUAUGGUCUUCCACCGACAGCGGGCUGGGGUCUAGGAGUAGACAGGCUUACAAUGUUCCUUACUGAUUCCAAUAACAUCAAGGUUUGUCCCUCGGCAGUGUUGAAACGAUGUCGGCAGUGUUGAAACUAUGUUAGAGGCCUUUAGAUUCGAUGAUGACGACGCCAACGAGAACGAGUUUUGACUUAAAGUUUUUUCGCGUAUUCUCAAAAAAAAGAGACACACUGGAGAGUUUCAUUACUUUUCUUUUUUCACCAUAAAUGUUAACAUGGUUAUUUUAUUGAAUUGAUUGUUUCCGCCACUAUACCCUGGUUACUAGAGGUUUUUUUCCGUGUCUGGAUGCUUCGGUAUAGGCCCCAGGCUGAAAGAUCUUCUUUCUCGGCCGAAGUCAAUUGACAGGAAACCGCGCAUGAAAAGUCUCUGGCACCCAGGGUACCGCCACUACAACACAUAUUAGCUAAGGCCCCGUCCACAAGUACCUGGACAUUUCCAGAGAGGAAAUUUUUGACGGACGCUAAAUCCGGAUGCUUUUUCAUCCGGUGACGUAACAAUAUCGAGCCCAGUUCUUUUCCUUGAAUGCUGUAUUCAAGAUGGCAACCUCGUUGUCAGGUUCUCUCAAGGCCGCGGGCUCUUUUUUACAACGCAUGCUCUGUUGCCAAUUUUCCCAGCGGAGUCUUGGGUGUGGAGGUGGAAACUUUUGAAUCCGGAAAGAAAAAGUUGUGGAUACAAAAACAUCCGGAUGCAUGUGGAGGGGGCCUAAAACUCGUAGAAGAAUGACAACGGCUAUCACGGUUUCCCACCAAACGCACGGCCACUGCUUGGUAUUGAGAAAUUCUCGUACUCGUUAUGUCUUGGGUUUGUUAAUAACCUCACUGGGCAUGUGACAGCCGUCAGAGCUAUAACUGUCAACUUAAUCAUGUGAGGUAAAAUCAACACCCAAGUUAAUCAUAGCCUCCCCGCAGACGUCCUCUGGGAUUCGUUAGUCACGCGUUCAUUUCUCCCCCACGGACGAAAUGAAUGCGUGACGAACGAAUCCCAAAGGACGUCUGCCGGGAGGCUAACUGAAUCACAGCACUUCCUGUUCUAUGGAUUAAUGCUGUUUCGUACAUUGGGAACAGACUAAAAGAAGUCAACAGGCUAAAACAAUCAAAGUCAGUGAAAACGUGUACCAAUUUGCUGUUUGUUUUGUCGUAGGAGGUGCUGUUUUUCCCAGCUAUGAAACCUGACGAGGGAGCACCAACAGAACAAAGCGGACCAGGAGCUAAUCCAGGAGAAAAAGAGACAAAUUCAUAGACUUAAUUCUGCCAACUGGAAGAAAAUGUUAUGAAGCUACAGAAAAGAAAUUCCACAUGAUUGGAAAUGCAUUAAUAAGAUGGUCCAAGACUUUAGUUGAGAGAAUAAGAAUUUUUCUGUGGUCCAUUAAGGGGCUGUCGACUUGGAGGGAGGAAGAUCCUUGAAGGUGGAACAACUUUUCGUUGGGUUUACAUGCAACAAUUUCUGUCCGUCUGGUGCCCAAGUAGAGAAGGAGUUAAAGAUUUCAGGCGAGAAAAAAAUGCAAUUUGGGCUCUUCUCCUCUCUUUACUGGCGUUAAUAAUUACCUUUCAGCAGAAUUAUCACAAUAAUCAGCUCCUGAUAAAGCCAAACGAAACGGUUGGCCUAUUUUGCCGUGAUUACCUACAGAACGAACCCCCGCCAUUUUGUCUGCUUUGUUCCUGGUACAAGGAUCUUUCUAGCGAAGGCAGUUUACAUGGUGCUAGGAUCUUCUCCUUACACCAUGUACGUCUCAGCUAGGAAGAUCUUAGUACGAGGAAGAUCUUAGCUCUAAGGACAACACUUUGCAUGUAAACUGAAUACAGAAAACAUAUGGCGCAAGGAUGAUCCGCCUUUUAGGAUCUUCCUGGUGCUAGGAUCUUCCUUCCUCUAUGUAAACAGCCCCUAACAGAAACAAAGAAACAAAGAUGGAUUAGCUGAUCUUUGAUCAAGUCCACGAGCCAGUUUAUGUUCAAAAUAACAUUGGAGACUUUUAAUUAUGAAAAUACGGCAAACAAUGAGGUAUUCCUUUUCAUUUUAGUACACAUGUAAGAAAAUGCUCGGAGCAUUAGUCAAGCAAAAAAAAGCCACUGGUUAAAUGCUAAUUUGAAAAAUUAAUGUAUAGCAUUUAUUUAUUGUUAUAGCCUAGACACUGGUUUCCAUAUUAUCGCUACGAUGGUUCAUAUCGCCGGAAAGUUUUCAGCGAUUGUGGCGAUCAUUUUGUAAACCAGGUGAUUUUUUUUUAUAAAUAAUUAUGUUGAAAAUGAAAAUGUCCUACAGCUAGCACUGUCAAAUGUGAUGGAUAUGGAUCGUUUUUGUUAAGUUCAGUGUUUUGCAUAUGUGGAUGAACACCAAACUGUUCGACCAUUUUCAAUGAAACCUAGAGCUUUGGCAGCAUUUCCACAUGGUAGUAUUUUUCCAGUCUUUUACAAAAUGAAAUAAAUUUUGUAACUUUUAGACCUUGAAAGAAACCGACUUGAAAAAAAAAAGAGUUGUUUACAUGGAAACGAGGGUUGACCACAACAAAAUUACAAUUUCUUACUGAAAACUAGAACAAGCCUGAAGCUUAUCCAGAGUUUAGAUUAGCCUGGAACCCAUAACAUAUCCGAGCAGCAAUCAUGCGCUCUUUUACUUCCUUUCGGGGAAGCGCGAAAUUCGGCGGUGAGAUAAAGAAUAAAGGAAGAAGGACCGCCUGAUCGCAG